GAGUAUCAAAGAGCAGCCACAGCCUAUUAGGUCAAUAGUACAGCAUCUCCUGUCUUUGUGUCUAUAUUUGCGAUAAUCUAGAAACAUGUAACUGGAACCCAAGAGGGUUUUGCGGUCUGGAGGCGUGUGUGGAACAGAAGCGUGUCAGAAGCAGCGCUGUUAUUGUUUUCGUGUGUGAAUUCGUAGCUAAGCUAGCUCUUAGGUUAGCUCCUCUUCAACUAGCUAGCUCCUCGUCUGGCAGACUGUCUGACCUGAGAGAAUCGGUGUUUACUGUCCAAAUUAACCCUACACCUCUCCCUCAGCCGGUCCCCAGCCAAGCAUCAGGUCUCUUUGGAGGUGUCGAGAUGGGAAGUCUGAGCAGUAGGUUCCAGUCCCCCUCUCGGGGACCAGAGGAGGCUGCAGAGGACACAAGUACCAGCCACAAGCAUGGAUGUGAGUGUACGAAGAGGAAACGACACGCCCAGUGUGACUGUGACAGUGAGCAAGAGGAGGAUGAUGCCAUACUAGAUGCACCUCGCAGGAAGAAAUUGAAAAGCACGUCACGAUACAUUUAUCAGACUUUGUUCCUGAAUGGAGAAAACAGCGACAUUCGUAUCUGUGCUCUGGGACAGGAGUGGAACCUCCACAAAGUGUACCUGUGCCAGUCUGGGUAUUUCUCCAGCAUGUUCAGCGGCUCUUGGAAAGAGUCCAACAUGAUGGAGAUCAACUUGGAGAUCCCCGACCAGAACAUCGACACUGAAGCUCUGCAGGUCGUAUUUGGAUCCCUGUACCGGGAUGAUGUCCUGAUCAAGCCCAGCAGAGUUGUCAGUAUUCUUGCAGCUGCUUGUAUGCUACAGCUGGAUGGCUUGAUCCAGCAGUGUGGAGAGACCAUGAAGGAAAACAUUAGUGCGAAGACCGUGUGUGGCUACUACGCUUGUGCCAGCAUCUAUGGCUUAGAUUUAGUCAUGAAAAAGUGUCUUGAGUGGCUUCUGAACAAUCUGAUGACCCAUCAAAAUGUCGACCUGAUGAAAGAACUUGGGGGAGAGGUGAUGGAGCAGCUCAUCCAGUCCUCGGACCUGUUUGUCAUGCAGGUGGAGAUGGAUGUAUACACGGCUUUGAAAAAGUGGAUGUUUCUGCAGCUCAAUCCUUCAUGGGACGGCCCGAUCAAACAGCUUCUGGCUGACGCUGACGCCUGGCUUUGCAAACGCAGGACAGACCUGUGUGAGAAAGAGCCCUUCUUGAACACGGAGGAGGGCGAACAUUUCCGUUCGGUGUUCGGAUACGUUCGUCUCCAGUAUAUCAUCAACGAUCUCGCAUCUGCACGCAUCCUGGAGAGAGACAAUAUUCUGCCCCCUGAUUGGUUAACGUCGGUGUACAAGAACCAGUGGUUCGCAAUGCUCCGGACAGAAUUUGACAACGAUAAUGGUCCCCAGGAAGCUAACAAAGAUGAGUUUGAGCUGAGCAGUAUGAGGUGCGGAAGAAAACUGACUAAAGAUGGAGACUACUGCUGGCGGUGGACAGGCUUUAACUUUGGCUUCGACCUGCUGGUGACCUACACAAACCGUUUCAUUGUCUUCAAAAGAAACACUCUGAGUCAGCCAUGUGGGGGCGCUGUGAGUCUGCAACCUCGACGGCAUCUGGCAUUCAGGUUACGUCUUGCCUCAUUUGACAGCCGAGGAAAGUUGGUCUGCAGUCGCUCAACGGGUUACCAGCUUCUCACCCUUGAGAAAGACCAGGAGUAUGUGGUGAUGAACCUGGACAGCCGGUUGUUGACAUUCCCCCUCUACGUGUGCUGUAACUUCCUGUAUACAUCACCUCACUCGGACCACCGUCCAGAUUCUCCAGAGCAAGAGAGCGCUGCUCGCUGCGUGUCUUGAUGCCUGUUCAGCAGCCAUUAACUGCUACCGUUACUCUUGUAAUGCUGAGACACCGACACGAGCUUGUGCGUACGAUCCAUCGCCACAGUUAGCAUCAUUCUGACAUUGGACAUACCAUCUGCAUGCUAUGUAACACAGUGAGAUGUUUAAACAUGAUGUUUAAAGUGCAACAGAGACGGUGGCCGGGAGGGAUUAGGACACUUUUGUCUUCAGAGCAGCUUCAAACUUUGGACCUCUGCAAUGAACUCUCUGCACUGGGAUGUUGGACAAGUUCUCAAGAUGAGAAAAAAACAACCAACUCACUUAUAUUAAUAUAUUAUGUUCAUGGGAACAUCAUCGGAUAACUGCUCUGUCGGGUGAAACUGGACCUUUAGUGACUUGUAUGGGAAGAUUCAAGUCUUUUGCUCAUUCUGAGCAUAUGUACAUUGACUGUGAGGUGUAGUCAGAGGUGUGCACAGUCAAAUGGAGGACAGCUGACGACGAAAUUCAACAGACAUCCACUUUGGUAUUGUGAAAAACUGAAAGAUGCAGUAAAGGCAGGAGUUUCAGCUAGUGUCCAUCAGUCUUUAAAACCCUUGGAAGUCCACCUCACGCAGUCUUAAGUUGGAUAUGUAUGUGUGCUGUUUUACACGAGCUUCUGUAAAUGCUUUAGGAUUUGAAAGUCCACCACCUCUUUUGUAAAUUGGAGAUAACAGCGUCCCCACUUCCUUGUACCCAGUAUGAAGUACUUUGUAAAUAACAUUUACUGCAAUAUUCAAGUUGUAAAACAACAUUGCACUCAAGUGCUUAAAGUAAUGUCACAAAGCCCAGGUAACCAUGCUGAUGUUACAUACCUCUAUGUAAACCUACAGCGUGAAAUCAAAAAUCCAGGUUACGUUUUUUUUUCCCAUGAGACGUAAUCCUUCAGGAGUGUGUUGGCCUCAUUUAAACUGUUUACGCUUGGCUGUCCGUUCAUGGACACCAGCUUUCUGAUAUUCACUGCAGAAUGUUGACAGACUUCAGAUUUUGAGAAUUUCUGUGUUGUUCACCAGCUAUGCUGUCAAAUGUCCACUUACUGCUGUUACCAGAGUCCACUGCCUUUUGCAGUUCGGUUUGACACAUCGUCACAUGAGAUACCUUUGCAGUUUUGUUGUUUUACACUUUCAUAUUAAUGAUAAGGUCACUAUUUGUUUGGCAAUUUUGGAAAUCUGUAACCUCAUGCUGUUUUUCAAACCUGUAAAGUAGACAUGUACUGAUGAAGAACUAGUCAGUAAGACUCACCUGUAUAUCUGUAACUGUUACGAAGUUUUUGUUUGGUUUUUAUUUAUUAUUUUUACUUCAUUUGUAUGGAUUUAUUUUUUGCAAAAGAAAAUAUAAUUUUAAACAGCCAAUAAAACUGCCCAUUCAGGUAGGCUGUGGUGCUAUCACGUUAUCCUGUCUCUUUUUCCAACAUGCGUCUUUUCUACAGCUGCAGUUAUUAAUGUAUUUGUUUCUGUAG